AUGGAGGUGCCCUCCGCGAAAGCAGGGCAUACAGAGGCUAAAGUCAACCUUAAAAUGGAGGAUGCUAACGCAGUAGUAGAUUGGAAUGUUGACAUUAUUGGCCCAGAUGGUGGUAGCGGCGCUUGCCGCAAAUUGGCAAAAACUGAAGACCCUGAUGCCACAGAGUGUUCAAGUUCCUUUGGGGACACACUAUCUGGAUCUCAGGAUGAUGCAAAGCCUUCAGAGAUUAGUGACAUUGAAGUAGACUCACCAUUCUGCCGUUAUCCUCAUAAUGGUGAUGCUGCUGCACUCUUGGAUGCAGCUGCUGCUGACAAUUUGGAUAGAUUAUUGAAAAAGAAAAAAGUGACCGAUCAUUGGAGAAGCUAUAUCAGCCCAUUAAUGUGGAGAUGCCAAUGGUUAGAGCUGCGGAUGAAAGACUUGCAAUCUCAAGUAUCCAGAUAUGACAGGGAGCUUGCAGUACUUAAACAUGAGAAAGAGUUGCAGACAAAAAUGAUUGAGUUGGACUGUUCCUCGUCAAGAUCAGUGCCCUUCUCUUCUCAUUGCUGCAGGAAGACUAUGAAGAGGAAGAAGAGGAAGAGAAAUGAGGAGAAAAUCAAUGCUCCCUCAUACAUCGCAACCCACACCAUAUUGUCUUAUUAUGAAAAAGAGAAAACGGAAGGUGAUGGCCAUUCUAUCGACGACAAUGGAAACUUAGAUGACAGCACAAAAGGAAAUAAUGACGCUGACUGGCUACUCGGUAAUGGAGACGAUGCUGCUGUCGAGCAGAUUCUUGUAAGCAUUCAGUCUGUUCAAGACAGAGUCUGUAGUCUGAGAUCAGAUCUCAAGAAAGCAAUGGCCAAGAAGAGUAAGGGGCUUCUCCUUAAAGUCAACACACAGGUCAACGGCGCACAGAGCUCUAAUUGCUCACAUGGAAAAGGCAAAGUUACUGAAAUGCCUGAAAUAUCACCUCAAGAUGCAUCGGAUUGUGAUAUGGGUGAUACGGACAUGCCCGAUAGUGCUGUCUCAAGCUAUGGAGAAGCUAACAAUAUGGAUAUUUUUGAGAGCACGAUGAACCUAUUGUCAGUUGAAGAUCCAGAUAAAAUUGGUGAACUACGCCAGACUUCGGAAGAUGUAUUGAUCGACAACCAACCAGCUGAGGAAGGGUAUCAAAAUUUUGAGGUGAUCAGUCACCCAUGCCAGCGACUACGGGUAUCAGUCAAGAGGGAACAGGUACCUGUCAAGAGAGAAACUGUAGCACAUUCUGAGGAUGAGAGCGUCGCCGCCCCCAUGGCGGUCGUCAAGGAAGAAGGCGGCACAACCAGGAUGGGCCUCCAGGGGAUCUUGAAGCCCUGCUACACGGGCAAGAGAAAUGGGAGGAGGCCGAAGAUUCUAAGGCGCGGUGGUUCAUCAUCUGCUCUUAGCUCAUGGAGGAGCGCCCGGACUCGAAAGAAGAGGAAAUCGUAG